CUGUGGGCCAUGUAGUUCCACCGUGCACUGUAAAUACACACCACAACCACUGGAGGACUAGGCGACUGAAGGCACGCGGAGUGGAAAGGAUCGUUUCUUAUUAUACGAGCUUUUGAUGUUGAUUUCAAGUUUCAGGUUUUUGGCUGAAAGAAGAAAGCAGAAGCACCUGCGAAUGGAUAUUUGCUUCAACGUAUGCGUCGACUAACUGACGCACCAUUACUAAGUUUGAAACAAAAUGUAAAAGCUCAAUUUUAUAUUUAAAGGGUGUGUGUAUUAGUGUUGGUGUGGUCCCGUUAAAGCUCUCACAUGAUGAGCUCAUUACCUUCUGUGAAGGAAGACCGAAUCAUCUGUGAGCUCCCUCUGUACUUCACAAGAGAUGCUGCAGUGCACACUAAAGAUUCCUUCAACGUUACUGUUAGAGAGGCAAGUCAGGAACAAAAGACAGGAUCAAAUGUAGCCAAAGUCAUAGUUGUGGGUGAUGUGGCAGUUGGAAAAACCUGUUUAAUUAACAGAUUCUGUAAAGACACAUUUGACAAGACCUACAAGGCCACUAUUGGAGUGGAUUUUGAGAUGGAGAGGUUUGAGGUUCUUGGAGUUCCCUUUAAUUUGCAAUUGUGGGACACGGCAGGGCAGGAAAGAUUUAGAUGCAUUGCAUCCACGUACUACAGAGGAGCUCAAGCAAUCAUCGUUGUGUUUGAUCUAAGUAAUUACAGCUCUUUGGAUAAUGCAAGAGAGUGGCUUGAAGAUGCCAUGAAGGAUAAUGAUCCUUCUAGUGUUCUUCUCUUUCUUGUUGGAACGAAGAAGGAUCUUAGCCACCCAGAUCAAUUGGCCCAAAUGGAGCAAGAGGCCAUCAGGCUCUCAGAAGAGAUCAGAGCGGAGUAUUGGGCUGUGUCUGCCCUCUCAGGGGACAGUGUUAGAGACUUCUUUCUACGGGUUGCAUCACUUACAUUUGAGGCCACUGUUUUAUCUGAUUUGGAAAGGAACAAUUCUAGACAAGCUCGGGAUAUUGUCAAAAUCUCAAAUAAUUGUGAUGAAGAUUUUAAAACUUUCAAGAAGAGGCAUUCUAACUGCUGCCGUUGACUGAAAUGUCCCCUGAUGUUGUACUAUCCUAACACACAUCUUUGAAUGGAAGACUAAAUACACAUGCAAACAGAAAUAUUUAUGAGAGACAGUGGCCAGUUACAGUAUAUAGAGGGACUCUAACAGGAAUCCAUCCAUCCAUGACAGAUAAAAUCUUUGUAUUGUAUGUAAAGAUUUAUCAAUGAAUGAGAAAAGCACCCUGUUAAAGAUGGACUAGCAUAUAUUUUACACAUUUCUUAAUUAUGAAGGCAUGGUUUUUCUGAAUUUACAUGCUAGAGAUUUCAUUUUUGUGAACAGCAGGGUUGACGUCUUAAGUCCAAUUAUUAUUAUUGCAUUAAAUUCAGUGAGACUCUUAUAAAUGGAGCUCUUGUCUUUAUUGCAUCAUGAGUUUCUCUGGCUUACACGGUACUUAUGCUAGCACACAUGACCACAGGGUCUGUUGCCGUCUACAAGAACAUGAGAUUCCCAUUGCGAGAU